AUGCUCAUUCUCUUUUGUUUUUUUCCCAAUUGGCCAGUAGUGAAGAAGGUCAUUUGUUCACCAAACCCCCCCCCUCCCUCGAACAAUAAUAACAAUUGGUUUCACCCUCCUUCGCAUCUUCCUCUUUUUAGGACAAUAUAACGGAAGACUUUGCUGCCUUGGGGGUGGAGGGUAAGAUACUCUCCUCAGCCAUUACCGGAAAUAGCUUAUCAGACAACUAUUUCUCCUCAUUAUAGAGUACUAAAGGGAGAGAAAUGUAAACCCCCUCCUCCCCCCCCCCAGCCACCUUUUCAUCCUCUCCACCUACGCCUUAUUACUAUUAGUACUAUUCCUCUAAUAUCAGUUUGUCUGAUCUGUUUCCGCUGUGUGCAGCGCCAACUAAUUCACUUGAGGGGGAGCAUUAAGCACAUCGUUUAG